AUGGAGGAAAAGCUAAUCAGCGCUGUGGCUAACCACCCUGAGCUGUAUGAUGCCAGCUACUAUUUUUACCGAGACAGGAAUAAAAAGGACCUAGCUUGGAGACACAUAAGUGAGGAGAUCGGGCAACCUGAGGACAUCUGCAGGAGAAAGUGGAAGAGCCUCAGGGACACCUAUAAUAAGGAGAAGAGGGCAGAGAAGGAGAAGAGGAGUGGGUCGGCAGCAGGAUCGGGGAGGAGAUGGAAGUUCUUCGCGGUCAUGGGGUUUCUGGACCCCUUCCUCACCCCGCGGGAGACUAGCGGUAAUAUGGUGCGGACCGUGGAGAACUUCUCCCCCGAGGACCAGGGACAGCCCGAAGAGGCAGCAGGGGAGUGUCAGUCAGAAGAGUCAAGUAAUCAUGCAGCAGAGUCCUCCCAUGUUGCUUCUCCUGACUCCCCAGUCCCUGGUCCCUCCACUCCUGCUGCUGCACCCACAGGCCCACAGAGGAGGACAGCUCGAAGGCGGGCGAGGGAAGGGUCCCAGGACGGUCCAUCGGCGGUGGAGCUGGCUAUCCUGGAGACCCUAAAGAGGCCACGCCCGUCUGCAACUGAACAUUUCCUCCUCAGCCUUGUUCCUGCUCUGGAGAGCAUGCCGCCUCAGACACGAGAAUUCGACUUGGAAGUUUACAUCAGUGGUAUCAAGGUGACUACAGUGUACAAGAAUACAAUACAAGAUAUCAGUGGAUGCAGACACUUAGGUAUUGCAUAUGAACCUGACACUGUGGUGAGCGCUGAUCCAGAAACCUGCUCCAAACUCACCUGCUCUGAAACUGCAGUCCUUGAAACCAUUGGCUGUGGUCCACUGGAGCGUUGUCAAGGAAACAACACCUGUGUAGUGGACACCACCUGUACUGUGACUGGCCCAACUGUCAUCAACGUCCACGGCCAACUCAACUUCAUCAAGGAUCGGUGUGCUUACUCUCUGGUUUCUAUUCCGUCAAUCCCAAACCUGUACCUCGUGGCAAAUUUCAGAGACCGCCGUCGUGAAGAUGUGAGCUUAUUGGACAGCGUGAUACUGCGUCUAGAUGGGCCAGGUGUUCAUAUUCACCUGGAACAAGGCGGGAGAGUUUGGCUGGACAACUCCAUGUUGACCCUUGAAAGUUUGCCUCAGCUGGUUCAUGGUGUGCAGCUCUCUCAGGACCAAACUGGAGUCACUGCCAAGCUGUCGCUCUCCAACCUCAACAUUUCUGUCUUCUUUGACGGCUACACCGCACAGAUCCUCUUAGAAGGACCUGCUGGUUCAUCUGUGGAGGGUCUGUGUGGAAACUCCAGCAGGUCUCUGAGUGACCUGAGGCUCUCUGAGUACAGCUCCACCAGCUGUGAGAUGCAGUACAGUGAGCCUGCUGACACCACGAUCGACUGCACCAGUGUGACUGAACGCUGUAAUCUCCUGAAGGAGGCGCCCUUCUCCUCCUGUAACACUGACAUUGACCCAGAGCCCUACAUAACCGCCUGCACCGACACUUUGUGUAAAUAUCCUGCAGUGGAUGGACUCAACUGUCAGUUCCUGAAGGCCUACGCCAGAGCCUGCAGUCUACACAACCACGCUCAGGAUGGCUGGACAUCAAAGACCGGCUGCUCCUCUGAGGCCUUCUGUCAGGACAGGACCUGCAGCGAUCACGAGUUCUGUGGUGAGAAGACGGUCAGUGGUGACACUCGCUGCUUUUGUCGGGCCAUUUUUUCCUCCAAGUACCAAGAAAUCAACUCUUUGGGUGAUGCAACGGUCUGCAUGCAGGACUCUGCUUCAGUCACUCUGGUCGGUUGUCUCGUGGAGGACAAACGCAUCAAUUACUCUGCUUUACAGCUCAACGACCCGACCUGCAGGGGUCAGGUGGACGAGCUCACCCACAUGGUGACCUUCAGCUUCAACAGCAGCAACAGAUGUGGGACGGUGGUCACGACCAACAACAGCUACGUCAUCUAUAAGAACACCAUCAGGAGCCAGAAUUACUCUUUUGACGUCAUCACUCGCAACCAGUUCCAGAUCGACUUCUCCUGUGUUCACAGUCAGCCGAACAUCCACACUGCAACCUUCAGAAUCAGAGACUGCUCCGUUGCACAGAAGAUCUCAUGUGGAGCUUGGAAUUACACUCUGAUUAUCAAGGCCUACACCGACGCUGGGCGGACACAAGUUGUGCAGCUAAACAGUCAAGUGAGACUGAACCAGAGGAUCUGGGUAGAGCUGGAGACUAAUGGGCUGGAUGGAAGCAUGGUCACUGUGGUGAGCGACUCCUGCUGGGCAACCAACCAGGCAUCACCUACCAGCAGUCCAAGACAUGAUCUGAUCAUUAACGGUGAGAGAUACUCAGACUGUGCGAACCCUGCUGACCUGACAGUGGCAGUGGAGCAAAACGGACUGGGAACCUCCACCUUGUUUUCGUUCAACAUGUUCCGGUUCACUGGGGGUUCUGGUGAAGUCUACCUGCACUGCAAACUCCACCUGUGUCCCAAAGAGGAGACCAGCUGCAUACCGAAUUGUAAUGCAGCAGCUCGCAGACGCAGAUCUGUUGGAUCCAAAUACGAAGGUGAAGCCUCCAUCGGCAUGUCCUGGACUCAUUAGGUAACUUCAGGUGAC